AUGGAGCUGUUGCAGUCCGGUUCGGGAAGUGCGGCUCGCCUCAGCAUCAAGGGCCGUCGCGCACAUGAUGGUGUUGGCGGAGAUGUAGCACUGGUCACGUCGCAGCAAUGGAGUUUUUCCGUCGGCCAAACGACAAGACCGGUCAUGCUAUCGCUCUCUCAGAUCGUUACUCAGUCAGGCUCCUCAACGAAUGUUCAGCUAGCACCUCCAACGAUAGCCCCGGCAGCGACGAGGGGCCUCAGUCUGUAUCCGGAAACUACUGAGGAAGCAAGCACGUCCGUUGACGCCGAGAUUCUGUCAGCGCAGCGCUUUUUACGCCAGCAGCAUCCCGAUCUCGAUGUUCCAGAUCAUCUUCUGUCUCAUCUGAUCCACGACAAUGCAGAGGCGCUCGAAGAGACUGGCCACGACCCCGACGGCUCCUUAGGUAUCGCAGAUGCGCAAGCUAUUGCACUCCUCGGACCGAUCAAGUCCCCGCAAGGACAUACUCAUGCCAUCGUAUGCAUCGGCGGACACAAUCGUGACUGCCUCUUACUUCAUCAGCUCGUAGUCUCUGAUCACGAAAAUGAUUGCCCUUCGUCGCCUCGACACGAACAUGGACACUGGAGAACGAGCCGAACAGACGACGAACCAACAUCAGCCGGUCCCACAAGACUACAAUUUGUCCCAGCUCGACGACCGGAGCAGUGCUACCGCACGCCUAUCUUGCAAAUCUCGGCAUCGGCGGACAGACAGCUUGUGGCCGUUCGCACCUUUUCCAGCACGACUCUGCUCGCCCUUCGUCAUGGCGAAGAGCCGCACGGCAAUCCGAGAGUGUUUCUCGAGACCGUCCACCAGACGCACUAUAGUAGCAGCGGAAACGCCCAGCAACAGGAUUUUCAUUUCCAUCCCACCAUUCCCAGCCUCGCAGCAGCUAUCGACAGGCAUGGCAAUCUCGACAUUUAUCGAUUCCAGCCGGAAGAAAGGCAGACCCAACAGCCAAACCCAACGAGGGAUCUAUCAAGUCCAAGCCCUUCGCCUUCCGACCCAUCUGAAUCGAAUGCAAAACGAAAACCAAACACCUUCCCGGCAUCACCCGCUCCUGCUUCCGCAGCAUUGUCGGCUGGCAUAUCAGUAUCAGUCCAUCGCGUGCCAAUCGAUGCGCUGACCCAGGCUAUGAACGAAGAUGACCCCGACGCAAGUUCUGACAACGAAGCGGAGGCUCAUAAACCUGUUACCGACAAGACUUCUCUCAAAGCAAGUUUUGGACGAGACGAUCACAGCGUCUUUCUCUUCUCCCGUCAUGCUCUGCACCAUGUCCGGCUAGCGAGCUCUGGUAGCGGGCCAGGAACGGAAACGCCUCCGUUCAUCGAUACUCUCAUCCGCACCAGCCUUUGCCUGUCUUCUUUCAAACGCGCAAGACUUUUCUCGAUAGCGACCACGGCGACAAGCUCGGAUCAUCAGCUUCUGGCUGUGUGUUCCUCCGAUACCAUCUUUUGGUUCGAAAUCGAGGAAGCAGUGCAGCCACUCUUUUCUACCCCUCACCAUCGAGGGGACGACCCAACUUUAUACCUGACCGUACUACCGGGAACAGAUGACAAUUUGAUCUUGUUCUUGUUGUCUUCUCGGCGCAACGAUGUAGCGUCGUGCUACGCGGUGCGGACUGAGCCCGCGGAAGGACCUGGUGACGACCUCUUGGACGCCAAUGCGUCGACAGACAGCCAAUCGCCGCGGUUUAAGUAUACACUCGAUAGUGCUCCGACCCUCGUUCCCCCAUUCGCUUCGUCUGCUCCAGCGAUUCAAGAACGGGCAGCUCCGACCUCAUAUGUCGAUGCAGCCCACAUUCUCCAGCGAGGGGCGGCGUCGGGCUGGUUCGCCUUUGCACUCGACCACUGCGGCGCUUUGUGGAGUCAAAACCUGACAAUGCCGUCAGACUCGCCUUCUGAUCCAGCGUCCUCUUCAAACGCCGACUUCGUUCUAGAGGUGUUGCCACCAUCGUCAGGUAUGCAUCUGUACCUAGCUUAUCCUCAAGACCCGCUCCCAUCAAAGAGCAAGACGGAUGAGUCAAGCUUUGUCAGGACGAAGAUCGUGGACCAUCGGGAGCUUUGUCGCUCCCUGUUCGGAUCCAGGGAUGGUGGAGAUGCUGCGAGACAGCGCAAUGACAAAGUUGGAGACUACGAUCGAGACAACCACCAAGCUGCAGCUCGUCUCAUCGAUUCAUUUGAUGAUGCCCAUCCGGGUUCAGUUGCACCACAUGCAGCCAUCCCAUCCCUAGGACAACUGCUUGGUAGUCUCGACAGAGAUGCUGACGUGGGCAAACGAGGCUUAAGAGACUUUGAUCAGACAGACGGUGGAAUGUGGUCUACCGCGCUCCAUCGCGAUGGCGACGAUGGAGCAGAAGAAGCAAGAAGGAGGAAGAUGCUCGACGCAAGGAGCGACUUCCGCCGAGCUCUUCCAUCGCUCGGACAAUCUGCCGCGCAAGCCCCCUGGUCUCGUGCAGCCACGUUGCUUUCCGAAAGUCCUUCGGACGGCUCGCUCAAUCAGGAUGGACAUCCGCGUCAUACGUCAUCGCUCCGAGAUGACAUUCUUGAGCGAGCCUUGGGCCAGACCAAUGCCAAGGUCCAUGAUGAGGUGGCGCAGUACCUUCCAAACCAGGAAUCGGCAAAGGCAUGGAGCGCGAGAGGACGACGCGCGCUGCAAGAAUCAAUCAGAAAAGCCUACCGAGCAGUGUCGUUGAAUCUGGCUCUCGAGAGCGAACUGUUCGUGCGCCCAAAAGUCCGCAUGUUGGACGAAGGCGCACCUACGCAGCGACCACAGCAGCGAGAGGGGACGAAUUGGACGGCGUUCGAGCAUCAAGAUAUCUACAACUUCGUCGAGGAGCAAGGUGACACGAUUCCACCUCCUCACAUUGGUAGCGUCGGUCUCUCCUUCUUUGCACCGCUCCGCAGCGGCGACAUUGGAGGCUGGACGCCCGAUGGCGGCCAUGAAAAGCAAGGCUCAAAAUCUCGCUUGGACGAAGCUGAGCUCGAGGCACUUCUGCCAAGCACAUCGUCGACAGCGCGAUUGCUGCUGGCCGAGUGGCAGCUUGGAGAAGAUCCGACAGAGUACAACUACAUGGACCCUUUCCAAGGCCUGCACAGACUGCCUCGCGCCAGUCGAUUGCGAGGACCGACAGCACGUGCACGAUCGCGGUCCUUCUCUCGUGCGUCUAGUGCAUCUACCGAGGAUCGAUCCAGGAGUCGCAGCCGCAGUCGCAAGCAGUCGGCUGCUCCGUCCUUGUCACAGUCUGGAGUGUUAGACUCGCAGGGUCCGCCGUCAUCCUAUCCGCCUUCGUUGGUGGGACACAGCCAAGCAGCAAGUGUUGCCUCUCAGGCGCCACCGACCCUUGUGUCUCGACGAAAGCGCCAGCCCGACGCAACUGUGACUCGCUCCCAGCCCAUUCGCGCAUCGAAGCAGGCGUACGGACCGUCACAAUCGACUCAGCCAUCAACAAUGUCGUCAAGAGCUCGCGAAGCAUCUGCAGCAGCGCAGACUCAACCGCCGAGGUUCGGGUUGGCAGGCAGCUUCGGUGAUUUGACUCCCACCGUCUCUCCCACAUCAUCGCAAGUGGGGACGCCCACGCAGUCGAAUUUCGGCGCCGCGGCCACCCAGAUCGAAGCAGGCCGCUUUGGUGCUCGACCUGCAAAACCGGACCGUCCGCCAAAAAAGAAGAAGCGUGCCAGCGGAUUCUGA